AUGACUAUAUUUGGGGCCCAUGACGACAGGGGGCGGGCCGCGAAUGCGGCGCGCACCAACGUUCCAACCCGGGUUGCGAUUGCCAGCUUCCUGGGGAUCCCUGCCCUGCUCCUCCCUCGCCCCCUCCUCAGCCCCCCUCUCUUUGCCCCCAGGGAAGUGCAGAAGGCUGUGAACACGGCCCAGGGGCUCUACCAGCGCUGGUGCGAGCUGCUGCAGGAGACCCAUGUCGUCAGCUCCGAGGAGUUCGACUGGACCACCAACGAGCUGCGCAACAACCUGCGCAGCAUCCAGUGGGACCUGGAGGAUCUGGAGGAAACCAUUGGCAUUGUGGAGUCAAACCCUCGCAAGUUCAGGAUCGAAGCCAGUGAGCUGACGGAGAGACGGGCAUUCGUGAGGCAGAUGCGGGACUCAGUUAAGGAGAUGCAGGAUCACGUAUCCAGCCCGUCAGCCCUGGCCUUCGCCCAGCGGAAGAGCAGAGAGGUGCUGAUGGGGGGUGAGGCCAGCCAGAAGUGCCCCCCGGCGCAGUCUGGCCAGCUGCGGGAGGAGCUGGUGUCAACCAAUUCCCGCUAUAUUGAGGCCACCUCCCUUCUGCGGCAGCUGAUCCUAGAGCAGCAGGACGAGCAGCUGGAGCUGGUGUCGGGCAGCAUCCGGGUCUUGAAGCACAUGUCGGGUCGGGUCGGGGAUGAGCUGGAUGAUCAGAGCUUGAUGCUGGAAGAGUUUGCCCAGGAGAUGGAGAACAGCCAGUCCCGCAUGGAUGGUGUACUCAAGAAGAUGGCCAAGGUCUCCCACAUGACCAGCGACCGGCGCCAGUGGUGUGCGAUCUGCAUUCUGCUCAUUGUCCUCAUUGUGGUGCUUGUCCUCCUCUUCACUCUGUAAUCGCCUGGCCGGGACUGCCGCAGGAUCAGGAGAGGCACCCACCCGCCUGAUCAGCUCCUCCUCCCCUCCCCGUCCCCCGCUCCAUCACUGCUUGGCGAGCCACCCAGGAGCGGCCCUGCUGAAGUGCAGGUGCCUUGCUCUCACUUGUGGUAAAGAACAGGCG